AUGAUUGUGAAAAAUAUAACCACAAUGAGUGGAUUUCUCCUCAAGGGGUUCUCUGACAACUGUGAGCUGCAGAUCUUACAUGCUUUGCUCUUCUUGGUGACAUACCUAUUGGGCUCAACAGGUAACUUCAUCAUUAUCACCAUCACAACACUGGACUCUCAGCUCCAGUCUCCAAUGUAUUACUUUCUGAAGCACCUUUCCAUUCUGGACCUCUCAUCCCUCUCUGUCACAGUUCCUCAGUAUGUUGACAGUUCCCUGGCACGAAGUGGCUACAUUUUAUAUGGACAGUGCAUGCUGCAGAUUUUUUUCUUCACAGGUUUUGCCUGGGGUGAAGUGGCCAUUCUCACAGUGAUGUCAUAUGAUCGUUAUGUAGCUGUUUGCCUUCCACUGCACUAUGAGGUCAUCAUGUGUCCCAGAAAGUGUAGGUGGGCUGUGACAGCUGUGUGGCUAAGCAGCGGCAUUCCCGGAACCCUGUACGUAGCAACCAUAUUCUCUAUCAAAUUUUGUAGGGCCAAAAUAAUUCACCAAUUCUUCUGUGAUGUCCCUCAGUUGCUCAAGCUCUCCUGCUCUAAUGAUCACCUUGUAAUAAUGGGAGUGGCUGAUUUCCUGUCGGCAAUGGCCUUUGCCUGCUUUAUUGGGAUUGUCAUCUCCUAUGUCCACAUAUUCUCCACGGUUCUCAGGAUGCCCUCUGCUGAGAGCAGGUCUAAGGUCUUCUCUACUUGCCUGCCCCACCUUUUUGUUUUCUCAUUGUUUCUUUCUACAGGCUCCUGUGCAUACCUAAACCCUACCUCAGACUCUCCAACUGCUUUAGAGUUCUUAUUCUCUGCAUUUUACACAGUACUACCUCCAACUCUCAACCCUCUUAUUUAUAGUCUGAGAAAUGAGACCAUAAAGAGUGUUGUAAGAAAGUUACUGUUUAGUACAAAAUUUGCUGGUUAA